UGUUUAUUUCCUUUUUAAAAAGUUGUGUAUCUAUCAUGAAUGCCGGUGAGGGUAAGACGCUGGGGAAAGUUCGCUGCUGCCGCCUUCACCGCGUGUGAAGAUGGGCCCCAACAUGUAGAGAAAAACUAAAGAAAGAAAGCUGGGGAAAGUUUCUAACAAGACAUGCACAAUUCAAUUCUGGAGAAACGACGAUAUUAUUACCAUCGAGUUUCUUAGAAAUGCCAACGAGAGUCAUGAUCUAUCACAAGGAUUUAUAUAAAGGUUUUAAAGCAUUCUUUCAUGACUAACAUGUAGAGAAAAACAAAAGAAAGAAAUCACGAUGGCAUCUGCACGAGAGAGGUUGGCUCAGCUAGCAUCCAUAACUACCAGUCUGAUGGUUGCGUGGGCUAUGUUUCAGCGAUCCUUUCUUCAUGGGCUGCCAAGCUUCAUCUUGGACUAUCCUCAAAUAUUGCCAAGUUUCAUUUACCCUUACAUCGAAAUCAGGUUCAACGAGUUCAGCGCAGAGCAUCUCGUAUUGCGGAGCGAAGCUUACUCUGCCAUUGACAACUACCUUAGCUCCAUUAAGUCCUUUAUGCACACAAAGCGGCUGAAGGCGGACAUAGUUCAGAACAGCCAGUCUCUUAGUCUUAGCAUGGAUGACGGCGAAGAGAUUGCUGAUGAGUUUGAAGGGUUUAAAAUAUGGUGGCCUUCUGGGAAAAUUAGAAAUCCCAGUCCACCAAUAUCACUGUCUUUUCGCCCAACAUCGGAGGACAAGAGAUACUACAAACUCACUUUCCAUAAACGACAUCGUGAUCUCGUUCUCGGGCCGUACCUGAAUGGCGUCCUGAAGGAGGGUAAGGCGAUUAAGCUGAGAAACCGAUCACGAAAGCUUUACACCAACGCAGGGCCGUACUGGAGCCCCGUGGUGUUUGAGCACCCGGCUACGUUUCAGACAAUAGCAAUGAAUCCAAAGAAGAAGAAAGAAAUUAUCGACGACCUCAUCGCAUUCAGCAAAGCGGAAGACUUCUAUGCAAGCGUUGGGAGGGCUUGGAAGAGAGGGUACCUACUUUACGGUCCUCCAGGAACCGGCAAGUCUACCAUGAUUGCUGCCAUGGCCAAUCUUCUAGGCUACGAUAUUUAUGACCUUGAAUUGACUGCGGUGAAGGAUAACACCGAGCUGAGGAACUUGUUAAUUGAAAUUUCAAGCAAGUCUAUUAUUGUGAUUGAGGACAUUGAUUGUUCCCUUGAUCUCACUGGUCAAAGGAGGAAGAAAAAUGAGAAAGUGGAGGCAGGAAAGGAUUCGAUUUCGAGGCAAAAGCUAGCAAAGGACGAAAUGGAUACCAGAGCCUCCAGUCAGGUUACUCUUUCUGGGCUCCUAAAUUUUAUUGACGGUAUUUGGUCAGCUUGUGGUGGGGAAAGGCUGAUUGUGUUCACGACAAAUUACGUAGAGAAUUUGGAUCCAGCUCUGAUUCGAAAGGGACGGAUGGAUGUGCACGUAGAGUUGCCGUAUUGCAGGUUUGACGCGUUCAAGGUGCUGGCUAAGAACUAUCUUAAUCUUGAAUCUCAUACCUUGUUUCCCAAAAUCAGUGUGCUGUUGGAAGAAACAAAUAUGACUCCAGCUGAGGUUGCGGAUCAUUUGAUGGCCAAUGCGGUUUUAGGAGACGCGACAUUUAGUUUGCAGAGUUUGAUCCAUGCUCUUGAAACGGCAAAAGAAGAAGCGAGAUUGAGAGGCGCUGAGGGAGAUCAAGCAAGAAAGAUCCAACAGUUAGUUGAAGAGUAGUGGGGAGCCAACAAUUCCGCACCCGUAUUUUGUAAUUCAUGAUUGUAUUGGCUUGCCAUUGUUUUCUCGUCCUAAUCUCCCUCUUUCAUGUUACUUAACCCUCGUUUGAUUGCAGACGAGAUAGUAAUACCAUAAUAGGAAUGAUAUAGUUUGUGAAUAGUGACGAAAUGGGUUGUAUUAAAAUGUUUUAUGAAAUUAAAAUAUUGUUAGAAUAUAAAUUUUUAAUAUUAUUAUUA